AUGGAUGAAACCACAAAGGAGACAGUGGUAAGCGAGGCUCUGGUUCAGUUCAAUACCACCUUGCAAGAUGCCGUAAGGGAGGUGCACAUGGAUGUAAGUGCUUUCAAACAGCGCAUAGAGCAAAAGAUUGAGGAGAUGUGCGUCUCUAAUGGACGCUUGGCCGAGACGGUGAUCAAACUGCAGGAGGAGAACCUUCAGCUCAGGGCAAAGAUGGAAGCCCUCAGCCGUCUAGUGGAGGGUCUCCCUGGGGUGAAGAUCGAGAAGAGUCUUGCUGUAGUGAAGGAGAAGAUCGAGCAAGGAAGUAUAGAAAAUGGACAUGCACAGAUACAGUCCAAGACCUUGGAAGAUCAGAGGGGUCUAGCUAACUCUGGAACCACUUCCUCGAUCCCUGAAUCAGGGUCAAGUACAGGAUCAAGCCAUGCUGCUGCUGCUGCUCCUGCUGCUCCCAGCAAUAUCCCAGUCCUUCCACCAUGGAGAGGCACUGAUGCAAAAGGAGAGAAAAAUGUUGCCACAACUGUCAAAGAGAAUGGAAAUCACAAGCAGCAAGAAAAUGUAUCAGUGGACUCUGAUGCAGCCCAGACUGAUGAAACUGUUCACCAAUCCCACCAGCCUCUCACCUCCAUCACCAAACCAGCUUCAGUGUCUACAGCCAUAACUAACUCUCUUCAGUCUCCUGUGGAAACCCCCAUAAUGCCUGACCAGGAAGAUUUAAGUCUUCUUACCAAACCCCAUCUUCCCCUCACUGCAAUGACAAAAGCCAGCUCUGAAGCACCAGCAGUUCCUCAGUCUCCUGCCUCAGUGGCCAAAGCAAUACAAGAAACACCAGAAAAGCCACCAAUAGAGUCUCCUGUUAAAAGUGAUGCCAAUGAACUCCAGCCCCAUCUCCCCGUCACUGCUAUGAGCGUCAAACCCAGUCCUGAGGGUCUGGUUGCAGCCAAACCUGCUCAGACUCCGGCAUCAGUGCCUAAAGCAGCAAGUGUUCCUACUGCAGAGACCCCAACAGGGGAAGCAGGGGAAUAUCCUUUUAAAAGAGGAACAUCUGGAGCUAAGGAGGUGCCGUCCCACUUAUCCAAGGAACAGUCGGGCUCUGAAUCCCAGUCUUUUGCCCAUCUCCCCCUUGCAGCUGCACCCAAACCUGAUCAGAGUACCACUUCAGCACCAGAAUCCCCAACAACAAAGCCAGGCCAAUAUCCAUUUAAACGUGAUGUCAGUGAAUCCAAACCGUACCUGCCUCUCACUGGCAUGACCAAACCCAACACAGAGUCUUCAUCAUCUGCUGUACCAGCACCAGCUCAGUCUUCUACAAGUCUUUCAGGAUCACAGGACCCUACUGUAAAGCCAGGGGAAUACCCCUUUAAGCGAGUACCAGUUCUCAAGACACCCAGUCCCAGCCUAAAGAGAAGUGUGAGCUUCCCACAAUCAGCAGAAAAAUUACUUCCCUCCAAAUCAAUCAUAAAAUCUGGUUUCUCACCUAAGUUGGACAAGAAAACAAACAAAGGAGGAGGGAUUGACUUCAAGCAGGAUUUGAUGAAAUCUCAAACACUUCCACGAUCCAAUAGCGCACAGGCCAAACGAGCUCUCUUUGAGAGGAUGAACUCAGAGCCCACUAAGCCAAAGGACUCCAGGCCAAAACUGAAGCGCUCUCAGAGUUUUGGCAUGUCCAGUGCCAGCGGUAUUAAACAGAUUCUCUUGGAGUGGUGCCGCUCGAAAACCAUUGGCUAUCAGAAUAUAGACAUCCAAAAUUUCUCCGCCUGUUGGAGUGAUGGGAUGGCUUUCUGUGCUCUGGUCCACUCUUUCUUCCCACUGGAGUUUGAUUACAACACUCUGGACCCUGCAAACCGCAAACACAACUUACAGCUGGCAUUCACCACCGCAGAGGAGCAGGCAGACUGUCUCCGUCUGAUCGAGGUGGAGGACAUGUUGGAGAUGGGGGACAAGCCUGACCCCAUGUGUGUGUUUACAUACGUCCAGUCCCUCUACAACCACCUGAAGCAGUUUGAAUAAUAACUCUGUAUCAGAGUACAUUUACAAAGUAUACAUUCUACUUUAACUCCCUGUAUUGCUAUUGGUAAUCACAGUGUGUUGUGAACACUUUGAAUAAGCUAAUGACUAAUGAGGAGCCCAAAAUCUUCAAAUCACCUAAACAAUGCUCUUGGGGUUUGACAAAUAUAUUUGUCUGUGUGUGUUAACCAUUUCCCCCCAUUUCCUCUCUCAUCUGCAGUGGACAGACACUGUCUUAAAAUCCAGUUUCAUAUAAUGUGACGUGUGGCUCGAAUGUUGGUGUGUUUACAAAAGGGAGCUUGGAGGUCAAGUCAAUGGCCAUAAUCAAAGGAAGAAAGAAACAAUAUUUGUAAUAGCUGCUGUUGUCAAUCAAUGUUAAAAUGUUUAGUAACAUGUGCAAUGUUAUGAGCCCUAAAUUCAUGAAUCAGUGUGGAGUCACUCCAGUUACAAUGAACAGGGGUUUUGCUUAAGUCUUGCAAUGUGGCAUAAUAAAGUAAUUUCCUAGUAUUUCUAAUAUUAGGUGCAAAUGUUUUACAUUGUUGUUAGAGGGAUGACCUGUCACUUGCUCCUCACUAAAGACUGCUGAGUAAAAACAAACAUGUACAAAAG